GGCGGCGAAGGCAGCCAGAAUGACCACCAGCCAGAAGCACCGGGACUUCGUGGCGGAGCCCAUGGGGGAGAAGCCCGUCGGGGCUCUGGCCGGCAUCAGAGACAUCCUGGGCAAGAAGCUGGCGGACCAAGGCUUCGACAAGGCCUACGUGGUGCUUGGGCAGUUCUUGGUGCUGAGGAAAGACGAGGAGAACUUCCGCGAAUGGCUGAAGGACACCUGUGGGGCCAACGCCAAGCAAUCCAGGGACUGCUACGGCUGCCUGCGGGAAUGGUGCGACGCCUUCUUGUGAACCCCGGAAGCGCCCUGAGUUGGGGGGAUGCUGUUAGCUUUUUGGUGGUUAGCUAGAGACCCAACCUUCACUUCCAACCCCCUCUAGAACCCCUAUUCACUCCUUUACAAGCAUCCACCAAGGGUCCGUGGAAGCUGUUACCCAAAUCAAAAGUGUUGCUGCCUUUUAAAUCUAACAAAGCCUCUCUGGGGAGAAGGUUGAGAAAGGCGGGGGACGUUCCUGUUCAGAGCCCCAUAGAGCUUGUUCUCUUCUAUGCGGCUUUGAAGGACCCCCUCAGCCCUCUCCUCGCAUGGAUUCCGCUAUUAUUCAGCCUGCAGCUAUCGGGGGAGAGUUCUGCACCCCUUUGGUUUUGAG